AUGGUGGAAGAGGAGAAGAUCGCGAUCGUUCCUGACAAGAAGGUUUUUCAUCAUAUUGGUCUUCAAACUAAACUGCUCAAGUUACUGUUUGAUUUCCAACCGUUCUGGUUACGACUUGGACUCGAAACAGUAUUCGGGCUCACCAUUGAUGUUCCAUCGAAGGAAAGUUUUCGAGCCGUAAUGGUGGCGUUCAUUGCACAACGUCUUUUCAAGGAUCCGGUUAUAAUGAACAAUCGCAAAUAUGUACAAGGACGUACGAAAACGAUAAUCACGGAAGCAGGCGAGAAGAUGCUACUUAAGCAUUUCAUCACGAAGUUUCUACAGUUUGUGUUCAUCGUUGAAGAGGCACGC